UUGAGGUAUAAUUUCUGCGCAUAAGCAAAGUUGUGGGAAGAAAAUAGUCAAUGUCUUUUUAUUCUCCGGUCUCUUCGGAUAGAAAAUUUCUGGGAAAGAGAUUUAGAGAAUAGCAGCUUUAGAAGCCAGUACCGUUAACAUCCGCCUGAUUCUAACACCAUUAUUCAUUUUGAAUUUGUUCUCUGUUAGAAUUCGUUUUCCAGUUUUUUCUUUCUCAUCAACAUGAAGUUGCAUGAUUUGGCAAGGAAAUACAAGGAAGAAUCUCGUGGUUAUGAUCCAACCAAAUUUACCCAAAAAUGGUGAAUGUUUUUAUGAUGAUGACGAGGGUGAAUGGAGUGAGCUGUCCUCAUCUGUGAAGACUGUUAUAAAACAUGCCAAAAUCUUAGAGGAUGUGAAGAAAAAAACCAAACAUCUCAAGAACAAGAACGGAUACACAAUCAAAUUUUCAUCAGCACAGUGGUGAUGAAGAGAAAACUAACAUGGAUAGUGAAGAUAGAGCUUCAGAGGAGAAUAUAGCAACUGAGAGGAAGAUAAAGGAGAAGCGCAAAUCACAGGAGGAUGGGGUCGAAUCAGAGCAGAGCAACGGUAUUGAAACUGCCAUUGAAGUGAAGAAGAAAAAGGAUUCCAUAAGCAAAAGUGAUGUUUAAGGUAUCUAACCCAUUCUCUGAGAUUCCUGUAGCCAUGCUUCUGCUCCAGAUUUUCCUUGGUUUAUGGUAUUGAACUGCGGGAAACAGUUGAAGCUCUUCUCCAUCAACAGAUAACUGCAUUUUCCCAGGAUCUUGGCUUAAGUGGUUUCUCGUGUUCUAAACCCGAGGACAUUGGUGGGCCGGAGAUGUGGAAAGGCAGCAGGACAGACUGCGUGAUGGACUCAUUAAUUGUUGCUCAAGAGCCAAAAAAAUAUUUGCACCUCUAAUGGACGCGCCCCUACUAACAGAAGGAAAGAAAAUGGUGGGAGGGGGAAUGAAUUUCAGGGAAAAUGGGGUUUUUUUUUUUUCUACAAAAAGCUCUUCUCCUCACACACACCAGUAGACUAGUAGUGAAGGAAGAAGAAAUUAUCAGGGAGAGACUCUGGAGUCAAAGAGAGAGUGAAAAUGAGAAGAAGUUUAGAAGAAACCAGAGAAAAAGAGAUACUAGAAGAUGAUGAUGAUGAUGAAGAAGAAGAAGAGGAACAGAUUUGUAGAAUUUGUCACAACCCUGGUGAUUCUAGAAACCCACUUAAGUAUCCUUGAUCUUGUUCUGGGAGUAUCAGAUUUGUUCACUCUAAAUGUCUCCUCCGCUGGAUGAAGCAGCGCCUCACUCUUAAAUGCGAGGUGUGUAAUCAUAAAUAUCCUAUGCAUCGUGUUUAUGCUGAAAACACUCCAACAAGAUUACCUCUCAGAGAGUUUGUGAGCGGGAUUCCAAUGCAAGCAUGUCGUAUUGUGCGCCUCUGUGUCCGGAUUUGUGUUUUGGUUCUAAACCAACUCCUUAUGCUACCAUAUAUCUCGUUUUGGAUAUGGUGUUUGAGUUUAGCAAAUGGCUUUAUUGAAGGAAUACGAGUAUUACUUCACAGUCAUACGUCUCCUUCGUCAUUUCUGAUGAUGGACUGGUUCUAUGUCCUUCUAAUUGGCAAUAUUGUCUUAUUAUUUAUCAUGUGGUUAAGUGGCUUUGGCCAGCAAUUUGUUGUAGCUCCACAACAAGGUAAUAGGAAUCAUAAUGCUGAAGAAAUUGGUGAAGAUGCUGGGGUGGAACAGCAAGCUAUUGCUGGUGUAAAAGAUGCAGAUCUUGUCGAAUUGUUGUUAACAGUGUUGAUAGCUCUUCUUCGAUGUUUUCGUGAACUGAUUAUUAGUAUCUUCAGGCUUGCUGUUCAUGAUCCUGCAAGUAGGACUUUUAUUUAUCUGUUCACGUGUACCGCAUAUUUUUCGCUUAGCAAUAGUGUGCAGCAUGUGCUGACAGUGGUGGGGCUCAUAGGACAAAUUAUCCUGCUUUGUCUUUCAUGGCUUUUCUUUGCAGCUUCAUCGAUUUUCACGCCAUCUAUAAAGUCAGCAAUCUAUAUAGAAAACAACUCACUGAAGAAUGCAUCACCUGUCAUUACAAAUUCGUCUGCUGAGAUUCAGAAUCAUAGCCUGCUUUCAUGUGCUAUAGAGUCGCUGUGCCUUUGGUCAUCUUUAUCCUUGGUGUCCCUAGAAGAAAUAUUGCAUCAAAGAUACAUUACCAUAUGAGGAAACUCCUGACUGCAAUGACAAAUCCAUUCUUUCUGAUAAUUCAUCUUGGGGUUCUUCCUUUGGUGUAUGGUUGGUGGUUAGAUGUGUGUACCAUCACGGUGCUUGGGAGGUCAAUUUCUGAUAGGGUAGAAUUCUUUUCAGAAUACCCUUUAUUUAGCUCUUUAAUGCAUUGGGCGAUAGGAAUCAUGUACCUGUUUCAGAUACACAUUUCAACUAGCCAUGUUCAAAGGGUUCCGCGCAAUGAAGUUCUAUACUUUUUUCACGAUUUAGCAGAAGCAAUUCACAUCAUUUUACGUGGACUUACCAGUGACGUGCGAGUUCAAGCUAGGUAUCUGACCCAUUCACUGAGAUUCCUGUGGUCAUGCUCCUGCUCCAGAUUUGCUUACAUUAUGCAAUUGAACUGCGGGAAACUGUUGAAGCUCUUUUCCGUAAAUGGGUUACUCCAGUUUGCUGCGUUCUUAGCUUAGUUGGUUUCUUGUGUUCUAGACCUGAGGACAUUGGUGGGCAGGAGGAUGUGAAAGUGGAAAGGCAGCAAGACAGACUGCAUGUCUUGAAGCUUCCAAGGCGUUGGAUGCUGCAGGAAAUAUUGAUCCCAAUCAUUAUGAAUCUAUUGAUGUUUCUUUGUCCUCGCUACUUGGCAAGAUGGAUAGUAAACUCAACUGUCGAUCUGUUUACUCGGGUAGCCUAUGUGACCACAAUUGUAGUGUCUUCCUGUGCCAAAAUAUUUCCUGUUUGGAUCACCACCCUUCACAAUUCUAUCCGAGCUAAUGAAUAUCUUACUCCCUCCGUCCUAAAUUAUUAGUCUGUUUUGACUAAGUCAAGAUAUUAAGGAGACCGAAGGAGUGUAUAAAAUUACCCCUAUUAAAUGGUAUAUUUUUACUAAAAUUAAUAGGAAUAUAUGGAGUAUG